GUUGACAGCACAUCCAUACAACAUAUAAUCUCUAACAGUGAUGUCAUCAGCCCAGGAACUCCGGUUGUCUACCAGCUUAGAACAAGAAAAGAGACUGUUGAGACCCUGACCAGAGUGACCUUUGGUAAGAAAAAACAGAGCAAGCCAAACAAAACCAUCCUGCUUGUUGGAGAAACAGGAGCAGGGAAAUCUACUCUGAUCAAUGCUCUGGUCAACUACGCCAUGGGGGUGACAUUUGAGGACAAAGCCUGGUUUCAGAUCGUAGAAGAUGAGAAUAGAAGUCAGACAGAAAGCCAGACAUCGGAUGUGAUCGUCUAUCAGAUCUUUGGUUUUGAAGGUAAAACUCUGCCGUUCUCUCUGACCAUCAUCGAUACGCCUGGAUAUGGAGACACCAGAGGGAUUGAACGUGAUGUCAUUGUCAGUGAAAGAUUAUUUGAAUUGUUUCGAUCAGAACAUGGCAUACAAGAACUUCAUGCGGUGGGUCUGGUGGUGAAGUCGAGCGUGAAUCGUCUGAGUGACCGACUGAAGUACAUCUUUGAUUCAGGGAUGUCUCUAUUUGGAAAAGACAUCGAGAAAAACAUUGUAGCUCUGGUCACUCACUCCAAUGGAAGAAAACCAAAUGACUUGCUUGGGGCUCUCAAUGCUGCCAAGAUUAAAUGUGCCAAAGAUGAGAAGGAAAAACCUGUUUACUUCCUUUUCAAUAACUGCCAACACGAAGAACGAAUAGAGGAAGAGCAUCAUAAAAAUGCUGAUACAAUAACAAUGAGAGGACUGAAUGGCUUUACUGCCUUUCUGGAAAAAACUGCACCUCGAAAACUAGACAUGACCUUGGAUGUUCUCAAUGAACGGAUCAGACUGUCUGCCUGCAUCCAAAACCUGCAGGAAAGAAUCCGUCUGUCUGAGCUGAAAGAGGCAGAAAUUACACAGAUUAAAGAAGCUCUGAAGAACCACGAAGAAAAGAAGGAGAAGAACGAGAAGUUUGCUGUAGAAGUUCAUGAAGCAUACAAAGAAAAAGAAGCCAUUGGAGGAGAGAUGUGGUUGAUGACUCUGAUUAAAGGAGCAGUCUGCUGCACUGUCUGUGAGGAAAACUGUCACUAUUCUGGGUGUACUAAACUCCCCAAAGACUGCGAGGUGAUGAAAGAUGGCCGCUGCACUGUUUGCUCUUCAAAAUGUCCCGUAUCUGUUCAUGUGAAAGGAAAGUGGAGAUAUGUGACAAGAACAAGGAAAGUUCAGAGGAAUAUGGAAGACAUAAGGAAAAGAUCAAAAAUACAAAGACGUUUGAGCUUUUUAGAAAGUUUUAAGGGUGAGAUCACAAAUCUGAAAGCAGAGAAAUCUAAUUUGCUUGAAGAGUGCUUCCAACAUGUUGUCAAUCUGGAGCAGAUUGCUCUUAAAGUUAAUUCUGUGUCCACAUUUGUCCACUUGGACUUCUUGAUUGAUAAGAUGAAAGAAAAUGGAGAAACAAAGAAGGCCCAAAAGCUAGAGGAAAUAAAGAAAAAGGGAGAUGAA